AUGGAGACCGAAAGACUUCUCAAAGAACAAGAAAAAAACUUCGCAAAAAUAACAAGCGCAAAUAUGAAGAUUUUUACUGAAAGGUUGGAUAAAUUAGAACUCGAUCUAUCUACAAACAAAAUAAAAACUUCUAAUAUCGAAAAGGACGUAGAAGAAAUAAAAGAGAGUCUUAACUUCCAAGAAGAGUUAACUAAACAAAAGAUUGCAGAAAUAAAUAAACGGACAGAAAGUGAAAUUAAACAUCUUUAUGAGCAGAAACGUUUUGAAUCUAUAAAAGAAACAAAUGCCAUUAAAAACAUAAGUGAGAAACUGGUUGAUCUCGAAAAUCGUUCACGAAGAAACAACCUGAGGAUUGAAGGUGUAAAUGAAUUACCUGGUGAAACCUGGAAUGACUAUUGCAUCUCAAAUGAAUUCUCAGAUCCCGACACUAACUAUUAUUGUGAUUUGCUCAGUGAUUGUUCAUAUUAUUAUCCAAGUGAAUUAGCAGAGUUUCUUUUGAAGGAUAAUGUAAAAGCAAGCGAUAAAAUUAAAAUUCUUCACGUAAAUAUUAGAAGCUUAAAUCGCAAUUUUGAAAAUCUACUUAAUUUAUUAGAAGAAACUAAAAAUAUUUUUGAUAUACUUUGCUUAACAGAAACAUGGAUAACUAUAAAUGACCUAAAAAAUAGUUCAAAUUUUAACCUUCCUUAUUUUAAAUUAAUAUCUCAAGAUAGCUUAAUCGAUAAGUAUAAAAAUAACUCCAAACGUACAUGGGAAAUAAUAAAAGAAAUAAGCGGAAAACAAAAAGACUGCUCAGGUUUCCUUCCCCAGGUCAUCAAGGUUGAUAACAGAAUCAUCUAUGAACAAAAAGAAAUAGCUUGCGAGUUUAAUCAUUUUUUUGUUAAAAUUGGUCCUGAACUGGCCAAUAAGAUUCCAAAGACGCAGGCUAUAUUUAGUGAUUUUCUAGUACCGAUGACUGAUUGCAUUACGUCUGGAGAGUUGUCUUCUAAAUUAUCAUUUGAAGAAUUUGAAAUAGCAUUUAAAACUCUGAAAAAAAAUAAAGCUACUGGAGCAGAUGACAUUAAUUGUAAUAUAAUUCUAAACUGUUUCGAACAAUUAAAAGAUAUUCUCUUUAAAGUUUUUAGCGCAUCAAUUAAUCAAGGAAUUUUUCCUGAACAACUAAAAAUUGCAAAAAUUACCCCAAUUUUUAAAGAAGGUGAUAGGGCUAUUAUUAGCAACUACCGACCCAUUUCUAUCUUACCUAUAUUUUCAAAAAUAUUAGAAAGAAUUAUGUAUAAUAGAGUCUAUGAUUAUUUUCAAUGCAAUAACCUACUAUAUAGCAAUCAAUUUGGCUUUAAAAAGCACAACUCCACGGAACAUGCAAUCAUUCAAUUUGUACGCGAAAUUUCAAAAUUCUUUUAA